UUCCAAAGUUUGUCUGACUGAAUUACUUGCUCUGUGCAGUAAAGUAUCAGAAUUCAGAGCAUUACACACUGAAAUAGUAGCAUGUUCUGUGGAUUCAUACUAUUCCCACCAAGCAUGGUACCGAGAAUUACAAUCUACUGGAAAGUAUGCCAUACCUGAAUUGCCACUACUAUCAGAUCCAACACAUGCCAUCAGUAAAUCUUAUGGAUGCUAUUUACCAGAACUCGGCCAUUCUCUCAGGUAAUUCAAGUUAGCAUGGUUGAUUGCAUCGACAAAUCAUCUAAUAAAAAUAUUUAUUUUUUAGAGCUCAUUAUAUAAUUGAUACAAGAGGUAUUUUAAGACAUGUGACAAUUAAUGAUUUGGCUGUGGGUCGAAAUAUCAAAGAAAUAAUAAGACUGAUACAAGCUUUUCAAUAUACUGAUUGA